ACUUCGAAAUCUCAAACAAGCUCUUUAGUAAAAUGAAUAUGAAGAACAAAUCCUAGUUUAGGACCGAACAUUAGAUAAAUAUCCAUUGAUGUUUGCAGUAGUCUAAUAUGCCAGCUCUUUGGCAGGCUUCUCAGCGACCUAUGUACAUAAGAACAGUGUGGAUAGACGGAUUCCGACACGCAAUCCUUACCCACGACGACCCACAUUACAUCGAACUCAACUCCAAAAGACGGAGACCACAUUCAUCAGCCAGUUUCAACCCUAAACGCAAAGCCCAAGGGUCAAGGUUAAGUUACCGAACUGAUUCUAAUAGCAUACGAAAUCUAGACCUCGUUAUCAGAAGUGAUAAGAUAAGAUGCGCACAAGAAGCAGACAUUGAAAAACUGAAUUUCACUGAAAUUGAAACUGAAGACGAAUCUAUAUUAUCAGAAUCUUCCUCAACCUUUUGUGAUUUCGACAAUUUGAAAUCCAAAUUCGAAUCGACGGGCAUGAGGGUUGUAAGAAGUAAUAGAACAGGAAGAAUAGAUGUGAGAGAAAAUAAUGAUCUAUCUGAUAGAGUACUCCAAUGGCUCGAUUUAGCUGGAAAAGUCGAUUUACUGGCGAAUGAAAAUAAGGAACGCAUUUCUCAGCCGAGGCACAGUUGGCCAGAAAUACAGAAGCGGAAUUUGGGUAAAUCCCGAACCGCGACCGAUUUAAGAGUUAGGGAGUGCAAAUUAUCAGCAAGCGAUUCAAAAACGGGCGAUACGAUCGAUCGAAAGGAGGUUUACAUGCCAACAUCGGCGACUACGAUCGAAAAUUAUGCGCGACAGUCACGAAACGUAAAGACCACGUCACUUGAUUAUCACGCGAAAAUAAAAGAAAACAAAAAGGUCAAAGACAUAAGACAGAAUGUCGCUGAAGUGAGACAGAAGAUGAUAUGUGAGAGAAAUGCAAUGGAGAAACAGUAUGCUGAGUUAGUCAAUAAGAAAAUUAUCCCAGAUUUAACUAAGACAAAAAAACAAGUCCAUAUAUUCAUGCCGGAGGCGAUACCAAAUAAAAUUGCAACUAAUAGCACUACUGGAAGUUUGCUAUCACAUAAAUCGUAAACUAAAACCGUUGCAUAAUGUUAAAUAAGGAAUAAAGUAAUAAAAACCUUAUUUAUUUCAUUCAAAAUUAAAAUACAAGG